AUGAGAAAAGAGAGGUUCCGGGGUUUCCAUCUGACGAUAUCGCCUAUUUUUGCUCAAAAAGAGUGGGCCGAAUGGUUGCAGUCAGAAAAAAUGUAUACAGCACAGCUUAUUGUACCACUGCCUCCAUGUGCAAAAACUCUAACUCAAGACCCGGAAGUUGACCGUAUCCUAUGUAUCCUCGGAUCUGCAGCGAGGCUGACAUGCGGCAGAACUACUCAAGGCUCACUCUCCCCACAAUUCAAACAACUUGAUCACAGCGCAGUCAGGUGGAAUGCAUCGAUAUUACGAAUCAAAGUGAUCUACCACCAUAGCAUCAUGACUCCCAAUAUUCCCGCCUUGACGUUGCGGGAUGGAACCUCGAUCCCAAUGAUGGGAUUCGGCACAGGAACAGCAUGGUAUAAGGACGACAUGAACGGUUCUUUUGUGCCGGAGCUGGUUGAAAUGGUGAAGAGUGCAAUCCGUCAGGGAUACCGACACGUUGAUUGCGCCGAAGCCUACGGGACCGAGGCAGAAGUCGGAGUAGCUAUCAAAGAAUGCGGAGUCCCCCGCGAGGAGCUUUUCAUCACGACAAAGGUCGUCGAGACCAUUGACGAUGUGCCCCGAGCCAUCGACACCAGUCUGAAGAAGCUCCAGCUCGAUUAUGUUGAUCUCUAUCUGAUUCACAGUCCCUAUUUUGCCCAAAAUGACGCCGAUCUGCAAACAGCCUGGAAGGCAAUGGAGGAAGUGCAAUGCUCAGGCAAGGCCAAAGCCAUCGGCGUAUCCAGCUUCCUUUGUCCUCAUCUCGAAGCCAUUCUCAAAGUAGCCACGAUCAAGCCGCUCGUCAAUCAGAUCGAGUUCCACCCUUAUCUGCAACGAGCCAACAACUACGUCCCGUGGCUGCAGAGCAAGGGAUCGUGGUCCAGAGGAUUUUCGGCCUGCGCCGAUACGCAUGCAAAGUAG